CCCCCACAAAUUAUCAAAAGCUUCAAAACCCUAGCUGGGCUCGCUUGCACCUGAUUAGCAAACCCUUUUCCUCUGCCCCUCUCUCUACACUUCUUCUCUCUUGCCCCCUUUUAUUCGAUUCGGAACCGAUCCUGCACUGACGCUCUCUCUCUUUCUCUCUCCCUCUCGUGAUCUCUAGUCGCCAUGUCUCAGGUGGAUAACAGGAACUCUUCUGCUGGCAAGCGUGCUCGAACUGAUGGUAAUUACAUGCUCACUCGUUUUUUUCCUAUUGAAAUUACAUGGUUAGUGAUUAAGCUGGCUCUAAGGACAACUUGCAAUAUGCGGAAUUGUACACAAUCAAGGCCCGUGGAUCAUAAUUCGAAGCCUGCUCCAAAGCCUCUGCAAGCUCCGCCCCCUUACACAUUCUCCCCAGGUUAUAUGGGUUCUGCAAGUCCUUCUUCAAUGUACCUUGGUGCUCCCCCUUAUGGUACCUCACUCUAUAGUAGGCCAGCAAUUCCUCCCUAUGACCUACCACCUCCUUAUGGGGGAGGUUCUGCUUAUCCUUAUGAAUAUGGCCGCCGUCUCUCUGUUGGCAGCCCAUACGGGCCCAUGCAUAUCCCUGGACCACCUCCUUAUUCUGGUGGAUCUAUGAUGGGAACAGGUGGUAUGUAUGGCAUCCCGCCGCCUCUUGACAGAUAUGGCUUAGGUUUGCAUAUGGGUCAUGGUGCUAUGGGUGCAAGGCCUGGAUCAUAUCUGGAUGAGAGCUCUCAAAAGAAGGUUUCAGCACGUGAUAAUGACUGGACAUGCCCUAACUGUGGCAACAAUAACUUUUCUUUCCGAACUGUUUGUAAUAUGAGGAAGUGCAAUACCCCAAGGCCUGGAAGCCAGGGUUCAAGAUCUGAAACUUCAAAAGGUUCCAAACAAAAAAUGCCAGAUGGUAGCUGGAAGUGUGAAAAGUGUAACAACAUAAAUUAUCCAUUUCGGACAAAGUGCAACCGCCAAAAUUGUGGCGCAGAAAAGCCGGUUCAAGCAGAGAAACUGAAUGAGCUGCCAUCUGAGGAGGAUGACCAGGUGAGAAACCAGUUGCCUCUAUGCCUUAGCAAAGUUACUAUCAAGCUUUUGAAUCAUACAGCUCAGUUGUUGAUGCGAGGUAAUUUCUGUUUUCUUUUCUUACGGAUCUUUUUGCAUGAACUGGCACAGUAGCCUUAUGUUAUAUAACUGUUUCUUUCUGUUUCUCCAUUUUCUAUAUCAUAACUUAUCUAGAAUUUUGAUGCCUUCUCCUUUCAUAAAAAAUAUUGAGGGGACUUACUGAACUUCAUCAUCCGAUUGUAUAUUGACUUUGUACUGUAAAACUGUAAUGUUGGUUACUUUACAGGUCUAUGUUUGAGCACUGAUUAGCUAUCAUAACUUAGCGAAAGAUUGUGUCGACUUAGUUAAUCAAGUUUAUAUUCUCUUCUAAUUUAGUUUAAAGUUGCAUUUCCAGUUAAUCAUCUCCACUACACACAAAUACAAACAUAACUUGUGAUAUAGCUUUGUUUAGAAGUUAGUUUAAAUUUUUAACACUAUGACCUUCGUAAAGCCAGACAGUCAUGUUGUAUCCCUGGCGUCUUUUUUUCCCUAUUAUCCUUGCAUAAAGGACUACUGUUUUAUCUGUUAAUAAUAAAUUAUGUUGACAUUUGGAUAAUUGAAUUAUUAAUGUACGCAAAUUCUGAAAGGUAAUUGUUUAAUAGCAAUAAUAUUUCGGAUGAGUGUAUGUUUAUUUUGCCUGUAAGUUUGGUAUGAACUCAAAUAUGUCUGUGAAAGGGUAGGGGGAGAGUAGUGUGCGUCUGGUUCGCAUAAUGAAGUGGAGAAGAUCAUUAGCGGACUAGAGCUUGCAUGCACUGUUAGUUUAGAUUUACUAAACAGCCUCUCGGGCAAUAUCAUCGAUCCUGAGAGAAAGCUGUUUUGUGUUUUUGUUGGGUUCUACACUUCUACUAGUGGAUAAGGGUAUGUGAAGUGGAUUGAGGACUGAUGAGUGGCUGCCGCCAUUUGUUCCACAAAAUUUUCUUGUCCACCCCGUCCACCUCAUCAUCUGCUAACUGGCCAAGUAUAAUAGUAAAUUUGUAGCCAUAAAUGACUUGAAAUUCAUACGCAAGUCAUUUUGAUGUGAUGCUGAGUUUUAAUGAUUGAUUUAUUUAUUAUUUAUACAACAAUCAAGUAGUCUAAAAGUUGCUUUUGUACUGCGGUUAUUUUUUUGUUAUAUAGGAAAUAGAUUUUUGAAACUUAAGAUAUUCGGUAUAUGAGCGGCAUAACUUUUAGAUUCAAAAGUUAUGUUGGAGUUAUAUUAAACGUGCGGGCGAUGAUAACACAAGCUUGUCAAGGGAGUGGGUAAAAAGUAAAAACAUUGUCUUGCACGAGAUGGGUCGUGUGCGCUUGCCAUGCAUAAAUUUGUUUUUGCUUCUUCUUCCCUCUCUCUUUUUUUCCUUUUUUUUUUCUUUUUUUUUUUUUUUGACCAUGAAUUUUUGAUUCACGAUGCAAAUGGAUCCUGACUGAUGGAGCUCUCCUGCUGAACCUACCCUGAACGGCGGUCCUGAUACGCUGAGAAAAUGCUGGAUCUGUUUGCAUCCUAGUCGAGAAUCACUGCUAGAAAUCAUCGCCUUCUAAUUGAUUCUCGUUUGGAAUUACUGUAUCUUUAUUAUUAUCUUUAUGAACCAAAGUUCUAUGUUAUAAGAUUUUUCUACUUUGUCUCCUCGGCAA